AUGGCUUUGGCCUUUUUCAUUGCAAUGAUCGUUCUCUUAACGGAACUCAUGCUUUGGUUUGGAUACUCCCAGAUCGCGAGUUUAGCUUAUAUUGUCUACUUGAAUAUUUUUCAAAAAGAAACAUUAGACAAUCAAAGAAAGAUCAAGAGAGCCAUAUUGACCGUCAGACAGGAGUUGGCAAGAACUAGUCCACAGGACGAAUUUGCUAAUUGGGCAAGAUUAAAACGCAAAUUGGAUAAGAAAGUGAAUGAAUUAGAAAGAAUUACGGCAUCAUUUGGAUAUUUAAAAACGUCAUUCGAAAUUAAAUUUACCUCAUUUUUAUGGGUCGCGUCCAACGGUAUCCAAAUUAUUGUGAUGCUCUAUUUUCUUUCGACACCAGUAUUUUAUCUUCCACAAGGUUGGUUCAGUCCGGUGACGUGGGUUUUUUCCUUGCCGUUUGCACCAUCAGGAUCUGUCAGUGUAACUUUCUGGUUCUUAGCUUGCCGUAAAAUGGCAAAAAAGAUCGUGGUGACUUAUAAAGAUUCUGUUCCUUUGUAUUAUUAUUAUGCGCCUGAUUCCGUUAAAAGACUAGUAACCAUUGUACACCAAUGGUGUAAUGCUAGAGUACGGACAUAUUUACCUGUUGUUAUUGCAUGGAGUAAAACUAUACUUCAAUGGUGUAGUGAUAAUAUACGAACGCAUUCACCAAUUAUUAUUGCACGGAUGAAGUUACAGGCUCAAAAAGUAUACGUCUUUAUUUUGGAGGUGAUAAAAUCGACACAAUCAUCAACUGUAAAUGAACAAUCGAAGUCGUCAGUUGACGCAACAGCAGGAACAAAUUAA